AUGCAGCGGACCGGAAGUCAGUGAAGAGAACCGGAAGUCGGUGGUGCCGCGGUUCCGGGUUCGCGGGGCGGCGGCGAUGAGCUUUGAGUGGCCCUGGCAGUACCGCUUCCCCCCGUUCUUCACAUUGCAGCCCAAUGUGGACACCCGGCAGAAGCAGAUGACAGCCUGGUGCUCCUUGGUUCUGUUGUACUGUCGCCUCAACAAGCAGUACACAAUGACGGUCAUGGAGGCCCAAGAAAGCCCACUUUUCAACAACAGGAAGCUGCAACGGAAACUCCCCAUGGAAUCCAUACAAGUUGUACUAGAAGAACUCAGGAAAAAAGGGAACCUAGAAUGGUUAGACAAGAACAAAUCCAGUUUCCUGAUCAUGUGGCGAAGACCAGAAGAAUGGGGAAAGCUCAUCUAUCAGUGGGUGUCUAAGAACGGCCUGACCAACUCUGUAUUCACACUCUACGAGCUAUCCAAUGGAGAUGACACACAGAAUGAAGAGUUCCAUGGCUUGGAAGAGUCCAUGUUGCUUCGUGCCCUGCAAGCCUUACAACAAGAGCACAGGGCUGAAAUUAUCACACUCGACGACGGCCGAGGCGUCAAGUUCUUUUAACAGGCACACCCUCCCUUCCCAUCUCCUCUGACUGUUAAAGUGUUUCUAGCUUGAAAGGUUCAGUCUUGAGGCCUGGAAUCGAGCAGUGACUGGAAGCAGCUGCGUAUUCUGGCUUUCUUAAGGCAAGGAGAAGCUGUGAAGCCUUCUGAAGACAUGACUUUUUCUUAGAAAUCUUCAGAGAUCUUCUGUCUUUCUCUUCUUCCUGUUGAUUCUGUUUAUCUGAGGGGUUAAAGCAGCUCUGGGUAGAUUCAAGGGGAACCACUCCAGGACUGAUGCAGAACCACUCCAGUUAUUGACCCUAGUUCCCUUGAAAGUAGCUGAAGAGCAGGCACUGGCAAGCCAAUCGCAUGGCUCUUCAGCUGGUGGCUGGUUAGUUGAGUUUGGCUUUCAAAGGGCAGAUCUUUCACCCCUGUUCCGGUCACAGAGUCAGGCUCUGCAGCCUGCAGAGUGCGAUGAGCAGAACCACUGAACCGGUAACAGCUUUUGAGUUAUAAAAUAUCUCAGCAGAAGAACGAGAGGUGCUCACUGUGAAGCAGGCAGCACCGGGUGUGGUGGGGGUGGGUGCCUGGGAAUUAAUUUGGCAUAAUUAAAAGAAGGUGUAUUUAUAGAGCA